AUGCGGAUUUCAGUUUCGAAACCUUUUUCGAGUCGCAUAUGUCUAUUUACACGGCUGAUCUUCUCGACAAUUUCGACCCAGCGUCAGAACGUUACUGGAUCGCUGAGAGAAAGGGGCAGUUUCUGGGCUGAAUUAUGCCUACCAAGCACCGAGAGGUACCAGGAAGGGCGAGGAUUAGCUGUUUCUUGGUUGACAAUAUCACGCGAGGUCUUGGUAUUGGCACAAUGUUGGUCGAAACGUGUCUUGCCUUUGCUAGACAGGCAGGAUACGGGCGCGUUGGACUCCAGACGUACAAGGAACUCAGUGGUGCAAGGAGGCUGUACACCAAAUUUGGGUUUCAGAUCUUGA